AUGUGCCAAGAGUGUGCUAAGAGAUGGCCAAGAGCUUCAACUGAACGAGACGGUCAAGAGCUUCGAUUGAAUGCGAAUACGAAUACAGCUGAGAAGAACUCACAUCAACCUGACGAGAUCAAGAACCUGAUGAAGACAACAAUACGAGAGCUCCCGAGAAUACAAGGCAAGACAUUUCAAUCAGUCUUACCCUUUACCCUUCGCAAAACCAAUCGCUCCGCCGGGCCAGCAAACGCAGCUGGCGCCACUCGAUCGACUACCGUCAACGCCGUAGUCAAUCCCCAACCCGCCACUCUCUCGAACCUGUUCGCGAACGGCACUUUCGACAGCACUGCCCUAGACUGCAUUGGAACGAGCGUCAAGCUCAACCAAGGUCGCCCUUCUGUCGGCGAUGUCCUCACGCAACUCUCGUGUGGAGUGUGCGAAGCCAACAUUCGAGCGGAACCAAUAUGGUCCAGCUCAGUAUCCAUCCGUGAGGCCAAGCUCAGCCAUUCAUCUCCCUCGCUGCUCGCCCUUUCUCGUCUCCUGUUCGCCACUGGCAUCCGCGGCAGCAACCGCAGCGUGUCAGUCGGACGCAACCUCAACACGGUUCCGGCAAAGCCAGGCAACGAGCGAAGCGUAGAAAAGACACCAUGCAGCUCAAGGUGA